AUGAGAAAAGGCAAAAAUAUUAGGGCGUACCCCGUAAGCGACGCAAGUGCGAAUGAUGCGAUACAAGGUGCAAAUAAUACUAGGGCGUCCCCCCGAAGCGACGAAAAAUGUGACAAGAACAAACAUUCGCAUUUGACCAUCAAGAGGCUUAGACUUGCAACAUGGAACUUGGGGUCUCUCACAGGAAGGAGUCAAGAACUGAGCAAAAUUUUACAAAAAAGGCGCAUUAACAUCUGCUGCUUACAGGAAACGAAGUGGAAAGGCUCAAAAUCCAAAGAUAUAGGAAACGACUACCAGGUUAUAUAUCACGGCACAGACAACAAAAGAAACGGAGUGGCAAUAGUGCUCGACAACAACUUCAAAGCGCGAAUAAUAAACAUCACACGCAAGAGCGACCGCUUAAUUGCAAUCAAACUGGCUCUAGAUGACCAGCAGAUCACCAAUAUAAUCUCAGCUUACGCCCCACAAUCAGGGUGUACAGAUGUAGAAAAAUCUGAUUUCUGGGAUGACUUCGAUGAUUUGAUCCGUAGCAUACCUAUAAAUGAAUACAAGAUAAUUGGAGGGGAUCUGAAUAGACAUGUGGGAGUUAGCAACACUGCAUAUGAGAAGACUGUCCACGGAGGGUACGGAAUGGGUGAAGUGAACAAACAAGGAGAAACAAUUCUAGAUUUUGCGGCAAGACACUCGUUAAGCCUGAUUAAUACAAACUUCCAAAAGAAACUGGAACAUUUGAUCACCUACAAAUGCGCAGGAAAAGUCUCACAAAUAGACUUUAUAGUCUCAGACAUAACCGUUAAGCAUAAGUUUAGAGAUUGCAAAGUGAUUCCAGGCGAGGCCCUAACAUCUCAGCACCGUAUCCUCGUGGCUGUUUACGAUUUACCAAAGCACAAUAGUGGAUAG